ACUCUUUUCACCACUUGCUCCUGCAGAAUUGCAACCGCUGCUUUGCUUUAACUAGCUCAGGAGAAAAUAGUUUGGGUUUUUUUUCAAUCUUGUUCAAUGGCUAACGCCAAUAAUGAAGUCGUUCGUCCGUUGGUCAACUUUCCCCAGGAUAUAUGGGGUGAUCGUUUUCUAUCUUUUCCAUUCAAUAACUUGGACUUUGAAUUAUGCUCUAAACAAGUGGAAUCUAUGAAAGAGAUGGUGAAGGACAUGUUAAUGGCUUCGACAAGUGAUCCAAUAGAAAAAAUUUUUCUGAUUAAUUCUCUAUACCGCCUGGGAGUUUCAUACCAAUUUGAAAAUGAGAUUGAAGAGCACUUAAAUCUCCUUUUCCAUUCGUUACCUGAACUCAAUGAAGAUAACGACUAUGAACUGUACACAGUUGCAGUCAUAUUUCAAGUUUUCAGGUUGCAUGGUUAUAAAAUGCCUUGUGAUGUGUUUAGCAAAUUCCGGGAUGAUGAAGGUAAGUUUAAGGAAGCACUGAUUAGUGAUAUCAAGGGCAUGAUAAGCUUGUAUGAAGCUAGCCAUUUCAGAAUGAAUGGAGAACUUAUUCUAGAUGAAGCCCUUGCUUUUACAACAAAGCACUUGGAAUCCUUGGCAAACCAAUCAAGUCCCCAUCUUGGAGAAUACAUUGUAAAUGCCUUGUUCCGACCCUACCAUCACGGUAUGGAAAGACUUGAGGCAAGGCAGUACAUCUCUUUCUAUGAAAAGGAUGAAUCAAGGAAUGAUGUAUUACUCAAGUUUGCAAAAUAUGAUUUCAACCGGAUACAGUUGCUGCUUCAACAGGAACUAAGCGUCCUCUCAAGUUGGUACAAAGAAUUAAACCUGAAAUCCAAGUUUCCUUACGCAAGACAUAGAAUCGUGGAGUGUCUCUUCUAUGCGCUUGGGAUAUAUUUUGAGCCAUGUUAUGCUCGUGGGCGCGACAUACUUGCUAAACUCACAGUGCUUUUGGGUUUCCUUGAUGAUGCCUAUGAGGCAUAUGGUUUAUAUGAAGAACUUCAAUCUUUCACAGACGCUAUCCAAAGAUUUGAUAUUCGUGCCAUGGAUGAACUGACAGCAAAUUACCAGAAAAUCCUAUAUGAGACUAUCAUAGCUGUUCAUGAUGAAGCAGAGAAUCAGGUGCAUAGGGAAGGAAGAUCCUACAGCGUCUCUUACACCCGGGAUGAGUUCAAGAAAUUCGUGAUAGCCCACCAAGUUGAAGCCCAGUGGAGGCAUGAAGGCCAUCUACCAACAUUUGAUGAGUAUUUGGAAAAUGGAGCAUAUUCAAGUGCAGGCAUUUUAGCUAUGACUCAGAUCUUGGUAGGAAUGGAAGAAGCAGAUGAAAGUGCAUAUGAAUGGAUAAUAAACGAUGAUAACAAAAUUUCAAAAGCUCUCCCAAUAUCUACCCGUCUCUAUAAUGACAUUGUUACUAAUGAGGGCGAGGAAAAGAGGGGAUUUGCUUCUGGAUCCGCCUGCUACAUGAAGCAAUACAAUGUUUCAAGACAGGAAGCCAUUAAAACUUUUCGAGAAAAACUUGUGGCUGCAUGGAAAGACAUCAACGAGGGUUGCCUGACAGCGCCUGUCCCGCAGCAAAUUCGCAGGCGAGCACUUAACUUUGCACGCCUACUUGAUUUAGCUUACAGGGAUGAUGAUCCAUACACAAAGCCAGAGUUAUAUUUCAAACAUCUUAUCACCAAAGUGCUCAUUGAUCCCAUACCCCUUUAACAAGAACAUGUUGGCUUUUCUUUUUUUCUUCUGAUGCCAGAAUUGCUAUGCAUAUUAUUUGGCAUGUUAAUUAUUGUUUUUAAAUACAUUUGUAAUAAAGAGAACAAUGGAGUCCGUCACCCAUUGAUAACAUCUCUCGAUAGUUAUUUUCAGGGGCCCUGUUUUAGUUGCACUUACAGCAAAUUAUAACUUUGCUUUUCUUUUCUUUUCUUUGUGUCUGUCUCCA